CCGCGGAGCUGCCGCGCAGAGCGGGCGCGCUGCCCUCCUCGCUGGAUGCUGCGGCGGCCGCCCGGGAGCAGCCGCGCUCCGCUCCCGGUCCCCCACUGCCGGUGCCGACCAGGGGCCGAGCUCGCCGGGAGCAGCAGCGCUCGGUCUCCGCUGCCGGGACCAGCGCGGCGCGGAGAUGGUGCCGCUGGUGCGGAGCGCCGGGGGCUCCCACCAGUGGCUGGCGAUCGCUUUCCUCGGCCUUUGCUCGUUCCUUCCUCCUGGGAGACUCGCUGCGCCGGGCGGAGACUUCCCCGGGGCUGCCGUGGACAAUCUGGUGGUCAGGAAAGGGGACACGGCGGUGCUUAGGUGUUACUUGGAAGAUGGAGCCUCUAAAGGUGCCUGGCUGAACCGGUCGAGCAUUAUCUUUGCUGGCAGUGACAAGUGGUCGGUGGAUCCCCGGGUUUCCAUCGCCACAGCCAACAGGAGGGAGUACAGCCUGCAGAUCCAGGACGUGGAUGUGACCGACGAUGGGCCCUACACUUGCUCCGUGCAGACCCAGCACACCCCCAGGACCAUGCAGGUGCACCUAACUGUGCAAGUGUCUCCCAAGAUAUUCCGCAUCUCCAGUGACAUCACUGUGAACGAAGGCAGCAACGUGACCCUGGUGUGUCUGGCCACAGGGAAGCCGGAGCCUUCCAUCUCCUGGAGGCACAUCUCCCCGUCUGCAAAGCCCUUCGAGAGCGGGCAGUACUUGGACAUCUAUGGAAUUACAAGAGACCAGGCGGGGGAAUACGAAUGCAGCGCAGAAAAUGAUGUCUCAGUCCCAGAUGUGAAAAAAGUAAAAGUCACAGUAAACUUUGCCCCCACAAUUCAGGAACUUAAAUCCAGCGGUGUGGUGCUUGGAGGGAACGGCCUGAUACGGUGCGAAGGUGCAGGAGUUCCUGCCCCGAACUUUGAGUGGUACAAAGGAGAGAGGAAACUGAUCAAUGGUCAACAAGGAAUCACUAUUAAAAAUUAUAGUACAAGAUCACUUCUUACUGUUACCAAUGUGACAGAAGAGCACUUUGGCAACUAUACAUGUGUCGCUGCCAACAAGCUAGGGACGACCAAUGCCAGCCUGCCUCUCAACCAAAUUAUUGAGCCUACUACCUCUAGUGCUGUCUCAAGCCCAGCUCCCAGUACAGCCCAGUACGGGAUCACCGGUGACGCCGAAGUCCUCUUCUCCUGCUGGUACCUUGUGUUGACACUGUCCUCCCUCAGUAGCAUAUUCUACCUGAAGAACAUCAUUCUGCACUAAAUGUAAAGACCAUAAAAGGCUUUUAAGGAUUCCCUGAGAGUGCUGAUGACUGGCUCCAAUCUGGUAGAGUUUGUUAAAAGCAGCGUGGGAUAUAAUCAGCCGUGCUUACAUGGGGAUGAUCGCCUUCUGUAGAAUUGCUCAUUAUGUAAAUACUUUAAUUCCCCUCCUUUUUUUCUGAUUAGCUGCAUUACCUUGUGAAGCAGUACACAUUGUCCUUUUUUAAGACGUGAGAACUCUGAAAUUACUUUUAGAGGAUAUUAAUUGUGAUUUCAUGUUUGUAAUCGACAGGUUUUCAAAAGCAUUCAGUCAUGGUCUGCUGAGUUGCAGACUGUAGUUUACAAAAGAAAAAAGGAUAUUGCAGUAAAAAUGUGCUUCUUUAAGGCUGCAAUACAAACAUUCAGUUCCCUUCUCAACCACCAUUCUCUCCACAUUUACACAGAAGCAUUUGUUCCUUUUUGAGUAAAAAAAAAAAAAUCAAAUAAUAUUGCCUUCAAAGUACUUCUUCAAAAUAUUACACAUAUCUAGAUUUUCUUCUAGCAUGAUAUUCAGGUUUCAAGAAUGAGCCUUGUAUUAUAACUGCAUUGUGCAGUACUGCUUUUGUUCUCUACCCUUUUUCCUGCAAAUUCAGCAUGGUUGUGCCUUCAUAAAACACGACUUUCCUCUUCCUCUCCAACAAAUCUGGAAUGUGUUUUGGGAAAUGCUAAAGCAUCCUUUUGAGCAUAAGAAAUCUCUAGCUGAGGAUGAAGGUGCUACAGGCUACAAGGAAAACCUCCUCUGCCAUCUCCAGGGGGUCCAGAAGCUGCUCCAGACACAGGGUUUAGGUCAAGGGUAGCACCAAGUCCUUUUUGUUUUUACCUCCACCACAACUAACCAGUAGGUGAUCUCUGUAAAAAUUAGUUUUCCCAUUACAAAACAGAACACAAAUUAUUUUGAGGCAUCUUUUGAAUGUAGGAAGGUUUCCUGUACUCAUCCUAACUAAAUCCAAAUUCCUACAUGACUGUAAAUGGCAGAAGCUGAAUCGUCCCCUUUUGUAUUACUGGCAAAACUGAUGGGAAUUGGUAUUUUUCUUGCACUUAAUUUUGUACUGGUUUGGCUAAUUUAGCAAUGAUAAAGGAUGCUUUUAAAUAUUAGAUAUCUGAAAAUACAUGAAGUAUCAAGCAGAAUUUUAUAUAUAUACAUAUAUCUAUUAAAAGGAAGUUGCUCCAGUAAUGGUACUGAAGUGCAUGUUGCCGUCCACGGUAGGAUCAUCCUUCCAGGCAGGACUUGUGCUCACACUGUUCAGGUCCCUCCCCCAGCAGGGCAGUCCCCAUACACCAUUUCCUAGUCCUGCAGCCCAUGAGGAUCAAGUUUCAAAACAGUGUAUAAUGUUGCUUUUAUUUUUUAAACCCCCUGGACAGUGUUAAUGUGAAAUGUGCUCACGGUUUACACCUGAUUUCAAGCUGCCAUCUGUGGGACUUGCUGGGGCAUGACUGUGGCCAACAGUCCUUGAAUCUCAGAUCCCCUGGUGACCCCAAGAGAUCUUGACUUGCUCUCAAACAACUGUUGAUGACACAAAUAACAAAACCAUUAUCCCAGAAUCCCAGGCUGGUUUGGGUUGGGAGGGACCUUAAAGCUCAUUCAGUCCCACCCCCUACCAUGGGCAGGGACACCUUCCACUAGAGCAGGUUGCUCUGAGCCCUGUCCAACCUGGCCUUGGACACUUCCAGGGGUGGGGCAGCCCCCACUUUUCACCAUGAUCAUUCCCAUGUUCUGUGUAUGAGCUCCAGUAGUUGACACAAACAUUACAGUACAACAUUAAUUCUCCUCACAGCAGGUUUUGGCAGAGAGCAGCACCAGCUGAGUCCUGGGUGUACUCAGCAGUCCCAAACUCAGCACAGAUACUCCAUUUUUCUGACAAGGAGGACUCUGAGUUUUGCUACACUCAAUGUCUCCUGUCCCAAUGUGCAGCCAGAAUAUGCAGUGAGUUUGUUGUAGUUGCUGAUAAAGGGCAUAAACAGAGGUAUGUUGACUCCAAAGAGAUGUCCCAGGUCACUUUGCAUGUUCAGUGACAGACCGAACUGUGUCUCAUUAUUUGCAGCCAUGUGCUAAGCAGUUACUAUUUUCAGAAAUGUGGCAUUUUUUAAAACCUGGAAUAACAUGACAAAAUCCAUUCUGUAAGGAAAGGGUAAAAAUUCAGCUCAAAUUAUAUUGUACACAGCCCUGAUAUUCUGAUCUAUCUUGUAUUGCAGCUUUAAAGUGCUCUAUUUUAGAAUCCAUUCACUAGAAACAGUGGUGCUGCAGGAAGAAUUGUGGCAGUACAGUUUGAUGAAGGAAAAAACAAGGAUAGGGAUAACCCAACCCAUAUGCCUCAUCUCGUGUGGAAUUGAGAGGUGGUUCUAUGCUGUGCCUGGAUCAGAUCCUGCAUUUUGGUGAUAUAUUGCAUUCCAGGGAUCCCUGAUAUCUGGAACCUGAUCUUUCCAGCAACAGAACAGAAUGAACAGCAGAUUUAUUAAAUAUGGAAAGAUAAUAUGUAGUUAAGUGUUGACUGUUUGCAUUCGGACCAGGUAGAGCCACUGGAUGACAGGUACAAGAUUUUUAGUCCUAUGUUUGAAUUUUUAUUUUGGGGGGACAUAAUUAUUGUCAAGUCCAAAAAAAAGAAAAAAAAAAUCCAGCCAAAUUCCCAAAUAUCUCUAAGUGCCAAUGGCUUUCCUUAGGUGACACAGGGAUUGCUGUCUGUGGGAGCUGUGUGCUCAGCAGUGACCUGGGGGUGGGUGAGGCCACUAGGAUGGUUGUCCUCAGGGUCUGUAGAGUUUGGUCUCCUGAAGGUGCUCUGAGACUCUGCAACCACAAUUUUGGCAGGAUUGGAGCUGGAGGCAGAGUGGAUCAAAUAAAGACACUUGGUUCUUGGUGAAUCCAUGCUGUGCAGUGACCUGGUGAUUGUACAGGCUGGGACUUACCGGGGUGUUCUCCAAAAAUGGGCCAUGCUGCAAAUUGAACACAACAUUUCACAUUUUAGGAACUGUAGAAUGAGAGAAUGGAUUGAAAGGGGCCUUAAAGCCCAUCUCGUUCCAACCCUGUAAUUUGUGGGGUGCACUUUAGCCAACUGUUUGGGUGUAUGUUCUUCAAAGUUCUGACCCAUAAUGUUCAUAUCUGUCGGGGAAAUCUUAUUAUAUUUAUUACCACCUUUCAAAUGCAAAAAAUAAAUGGCUUAGCUGAACAUUUAUAUCAAGGUUGUUGUCCACAUGGGAACCCCCGAAGUCUGGAAGUUCCUCCUUGUGCAGUAACACAGGGCUGCCACCCCCAUGGCUCCGGGGCCACACGGAGCAGUGGCGCUGCUGGUCGGGAAUAUGAUCCUAAUACUCAAUGAAAGGAUGUCUCACAACUUCUGCAACAAAUGCAGUUUGUUUCUCAAGGGUUUAGAACUUGGCAGGAUCUGUCAGAGCUAGACAGCUUUUUUUUAAACUGUUCAAUAGUUGUUUUUUUUUCGAAUCAUUGCUGUUUUUAAGACACAGGAGUGUUAAAACCCAUCAUAGUGACAGCUGCUUUUUUGCACAUUUUCUGAGCAAGUGUUCUAGAUAGACAAUGGCAAAUGUUCUGCUACCAAAACCUCCACCGAGUCCACAGAACUGUGUUAUGAAGAAUGUGUAUACCAAAAUAUGUAUUUACAUGGAUAAACAAUAUGCCUUAAAGACUAAAUAUGCAUUUACUUCUAAGGCUGGAUAAAACUUAUGCCCAGUCUGGAGGUAAAUAAUCCAUAUUUCACAGCUGCCAUGGAAGGCUUUGUUUCUUUGGAGAAAAAAGGGGGGAGAAAAAGCAUUUCUUUUAAAAGAAUCUUAAAUAAUUUUAAAAUUCUUGCAUAAACUGAUAUAUGUGAGAAAGUUUAGGAAAGUAUGGAGUUUAGCCUGACACUUCAGCACUGGCAAUGCAGGGCUUGCCGUGGGGGCUGUAGUGCCACUCAAAACCUGGCACGACCCAUUUGAUGUCCCCUUGUACACUCAGCUCUCUCAAGUGGCCCUGAGCUGGGGCAGAGUGAGGGGCCUGGGUGGCCCCCCAUCCCACAGCACUGCGGGAAUGGGGCCAUCUCCCCACCCCAUGCUACUACUGGCAACAAAAAAUCCUUUAAAACAAGAAAAUCUUACAAAAAAAUAGAAUUUAAAAAAAAAUAGGAAUUAAAAAUUCUCCACUCAGCCUUAAUAUUGAGAGCAGAGAAAUCAGUAUUGGUGUGGGAGGGAAGAAUUUGCUUUGAAUUUGACCAGCCAUGAGCAUGGCCGUGGCAGGGGCAGGCCUGAAUUUGGGUUGGGUUUGGUCCUUAUUUGUGUUCCUCUGUUGAGCUUUGAGGGCAAGGGAGGGGAUUUAUUCUGUAAUCAGCAAAGUCUAUAAUCUAACUGGAAACGACCAGGCCAAGGCACUGGCACAGGGUCUGAGAAUGGUUUGGGAGGGAUUCUCAGUAAAUCCUGCUCCAAGAGUUCUGUCUGAGCAAGGGCAGGGGAGGUUUUACAGGGGCACCUUCAGCGCUGAGCACAUACCUGUUUGUUCCUAUACCCUUAUGCCUAAUUCAUGAAGAGCUCCAAGGUUCCUUUUUAUUAGAUAAUUCUCAUGUUAAAAAAUGCAGAGAUCAGCACAUUUGCCACUUCUCAUAAGCUUAGUUUUCAGUCAUUCAUAUUUUAGGGCAUAUUAAGCUUCCCCAUCACUGGGUAGGAUGAAAAUCUGCAUUACAGGAUGGGGUGGGGGAGUGAGGGGGGUGAUUCCCACCCGCUCUGGCUGCUCUGCCUUUGUCUGGGAAGGAGCUCUGUGAGGCUGUGGGGUCUCUGAGGGGGGCCUUCAAGGGGUACACAUCAGUCCCCAGCCACUCUGCAGCCAUUGCACAGUUGCUCCGCAACUCCUGACUGCCCGAGUUAUCCCUGAAGUUUUAAGUCAAUUUAUGCCUAGAGCCAUCCCGGUGAUGGGAGAAAUGCAGGAGGGACCUUCUCCUUGGCUCCCUCCCUGCACAGCGCUGGGUUCUCCCACACAGUGAACUUUGAACCACCCACAAGCAGCAAUGAAAACCAGCACAGUUAACAGGGAUUUCCUUGCAGUGCCUCAGUGCCUCAGCCCCAGGCAGUGGGAGGCAGGUACACCUUGGCCCCCAGUAGCAGAAUAAAUUACACUUCUGCAGCAGCCAGAAUUUAAGGACAGGGAGGAGGGGACAGCACAUGGCUGCUCCAGCCCCAACAGCCACAGGACUUUCCCCUCUUAUCAGUCAAAUAUUGGAGUCCUCAUUAUUCCUACCCUCUUCCUAUGCUGCCAGAUAACAAACUGCCUGUAAUGAUGAUGAAUAUUCUCCUCAGUAUCUAGAGGGGGAAAUCUGUUCUCUCCUAAUGCUCAUUCAUCCCUCUCUUUAUUAUUUUUCAGCCCAAACCAAAACACAAUUCGCACAUUACACACCACGAUUUAUGUGCAAUAACAUCAGUUUUCCCACUUCUCAGCCCCAUUAGAGUCAGAAGCACAUCACUCCCAUUAACCUCCACGACAGCGACUUAAAUGUGAACCACAAGUGAGAAUAACCCUCCAAGAUGAGCUGGAACAGCAGCAGCCUUGAUUUCUGGUGGGUGGCUGAGGAUGAGAUGGCAGGGCCAGGCUUCCCUCCCUCCAUUCUGUAUAUAUGCAUCCAGACUUUUUAUAUGAAACAGACUUCCCUCUCCUUCAGGGUGGUUAAUUCUGGCUGGGAGGUGCAGCCGUUCAGAUGUGUUUGAUAUUUUGGAUGUGUCAGUCCAGGUGGAGCCGUGGCACAGGCGGGAGAGCGAAAGGCAGUGGGAGCUGCAGGACAGGCUGGCUGUGCCACUUGAGCCUAAUGAGACAGUUCCUGGCAGGAAUUUGGGCUCGGCAGAAACUGUGGGAGGCAGCUCAGUUCAUUAGGCUGUGAAAGCUUUAAAACCUUCAAGAAACUGGUUCUCCUCUCCCAUUUAAGUGAAUUGCUAAAAGCGCUGAGUUGCUCUUCCAUAGAACUUCGAAUUCACUGUUUCCUUCAUUAUCCAUGACCUUUUUACAUGUAUUACCAUAAGGAAAAACCAAGUUAACUUUGGAGGAAACUACUGCAAAUUCACACACCCCCCAACCUUUUCAAAACAGAGAGCCUGGGGGGCUGGACCAGGGGAGCAAUGGAUCUAAUUUGCCACUAUAUUCUGUAAAAAGAGGAUUUAAUGUCUGCUUGCUAAAAAUUACAGAUCAUAAGUCCCUGUGACUCAUUUCUAAAUGACUUUUAGCAAGACAGGUGCACAAAUCCUCCUCAGCUUUGUGUUAUGAGUACCAGAAAGACAAAUGGUGUGAUGGGACAAGAUGCCUUCCCAUGUGCUGCUCCCAAAGCCUUGGUCCCUGUGUCUUGAUCCUCAUCUCUUAGUUCCCUUCUCUUGGCCCCCAUUUCUUUGUCCCCAUCUUUUGGUCCCUGUGUCUUGGUGCUUGUCUUGGUGCUCAUCUCAUGGUUCUCAUCUCUCAGUCUCCAUCUCUUGGCCCCUUCUCUUGAUCCCCAUCUUUUGGUCCUCAUCUCUUCAUCCCUGUCUCUUGGUCCCCAUCACUCGGUGCCCUUCUCUCCCCAACCACAGAGAAGGGGAAGGCAGGAGAGCAGGAGGAGGAGGCUGCAGUUCUCAGACUGAGCUCCCAACCUAUAAUAUGGAGCUUAAAACCAGGCAUCAGGCAGUCACCAAAGACAACGGGGUGUCCUUCCUUGUGCACUGAGCUCUCACCCUCUCUAAGAAGAAGAAGGGCUCUGAGUUCAACCCAAACAAACCCGAAAGCUCUGUGAGGUCCUUCUGACUCAGUCAAACUUCCCUCCCCAAGCUGGACACAUCCACUCUGCCACCCUUGAGGGUGGGGUGGCGAGACAGUGUCCUUCCAUCAGCUGCAGCAGGGCAGGGAUGGCUGAUGAGACACGGUGUGGAAAAGACACCUGAGUUUUUCCAGUCUAUCGAUUUUUGUCAUGGGAGCUUCAAUAAGUGUCUCAGUCUCUGUUUCAAUGCCUUAAGCACCUUUUUGCAAAAGGCCACGAUGUAAGAGAGUACAUUUAAGAAAUUAAUUUCCCAAAGUUAAUCAUGCUCAGUGACUCGGCUCCGGCACAGCUGCUCCCCCAGCAGCUGUGGCUCCUCAGGAAGUGCGACGGCGGCAGCGCAGUCAAGAGGCUUUGAGGAGUCUCCUGGCGUGGUAUUUCUCUCCAGAAUAUUGCAGAUAAGACACUUAAUUCUCCUGAAAAAAAAUCAGCUGAGGGCUUUGACCUUCUGUCUGAAUGCAGAAUUAGCACUCCGGGAAAGGUUAAUGAACAGAAGGGAGUAGGGAAAUUUGCACUGAAAUACUCCUGAAAUGGGUUUAAACACGUGCAGGUCUCUGGGCAGGUCUGUGGCAGGAGGAACUGCUCCCCUUGUCCCCCGUGGCCACCAGGACAACCUUCUCAGAAGGGGGGAAAGGGAAAAGAAGGAGGAGAAUUUCCUGCCAGAGGAUGGGAAGGGACAGGGUUUCACUGCAGGUCUUGCCCAUGGGAGACUUGUCUUGGUUCUCAGCUGAGACCCCCACAGAGAACACAAGACCUUCCUCUGGGCAUUCAAAAUGUGUUUGUUUUCCUGACAAACUGAUCUUGAAUUACAAUUCAUUUCUUUGCUUCCCCGUGAAGCUGAUGCUCAUUCAAAGUAAUUAUUUUGCCAUAUGGUGAAAGGUGAAAAAAUUGCUGUCAGGCCUCUUAUACUUGGCAUCGCAGCUCCUUUAGCAAGGAUCUCUUUUAUGAGUGUUGAUUUGGCCAAUUCAGGUAAAAAAACAACCCAACCUUCCCCCCCCACCUCCAGACUUUCUCAAUUUCUAAUUCCUCUUCCACCCAAAAAUCAUGGCACCACUGCUGUAAAUGACAAAUCAUAAUGGUAAAUACUGGGAUGAGUCCUCAAAGGAAUGGCAAGAACUAAGGCCGCUAUAAUUUAAUAAUCACUUCAUUGUGUUCAUGACUUGUGUCAUCAGAGGUAUUUUACCUGCAUUUAAUACUCAUGCUUUUAGGAAAACCUGGGAGUUGUGACAAGUGCUUUAAUAUACCAAUAGAUUACAAAUAUUGUGGGAAGAAAUCCCUUCCACAGGCUGAGGCAGAAAAGCAAAACCAAAACACACCCCAGUGGGUCAUGAAGCAGGUACUGCUCAGUACCAGGCCAGCAACUUCCUCAUGGAAUCAUAGACUGGUUUGGGUGGGAAGGAACCUCAAAGAUCAUCUAGUGAUGAUCCAGUGCCUUCGGAAGGGUUAAUAAAAAUAAAACAAGUAUUAGGAAAAAAACCCCACAUUUGUCAUUUGUUAAAUGUUGAGAGACACCAUCUGAAGACAAAAACCAAAGCUUGGAGGGAGCGAGCCAAGUCUGUGUGUAAUUUUCCCUUGAAUAUUCAAAAUAUUGUUAUUAAAACAACUCAGCUCCAAUUCCAGUGCAGUAAUCACACCCAGUGUAGAGACAUGUAAAGAAUAUGUAUUUGCUCUAUAGCAGGAUGUGUUUGCGCUCCCAGUGUGGUAAUGACAGCUUCCCUGGCACCAGGCAGGGGUUCACCAGUCAUCCUGCAGUCCCAAAUCCCUCAAACCCUUAAAAUUCCUCCAAAUUUUCUGCAAACCUCAAACCCCAAGGUUUGAGUUUGUGACUAAGGGACAAAGAGCAACUCAUAUCAAAAAUGAGCCUUAGGCAAGAUUCUGGGAAGGGUUGGGAUUGCUCUCAGCUCCUGUCCUCCACCUUUUCAACUGGGGCAUCUUCCCCUUUUUUCCCUGCUGCAGGAUAAAUUCCUGGAAAUAACAGAAAUAUCAUUCUGUUAGAGGGAACAUCCUAUAAAGGCAUAACAUCCUGAGUAGGAAAUAACAUCCAAAUGUCAAAUUCACAUUCAAGGAUGGGUAUCCCAUGCCACUGGAGACUGGAAAUAGACCUGCUGAGGUGUCCCUCAGUGAUGGUGGAGCCCACCCACCCUCUGCCCACACAGGGCUCUGUGGCAGCAGAGAAAACCCAUCCCAGUGUCCCUGCAAACCCAUACGAGUGUCCCUGCAAACCCAUCCCGGUGUCUCUGCAAACAGCCCCUGCCUUGUCCCACCUCCCCCAGAGGAGGGUGAUGCUCUCAAAGACACAGCACCCAACUCUUAUCAAUAACUUAUGCAAAUGCACUUAGCAAAGUGCUCCCGCAGAUGUUCUUAAUUAAACCAGCCCAGCCCGAGCCCACAUGAAGCAAUAACCCCCAAAAUGCCUCCCUGCUCUCAUAUGUUCUGAACCACCACUGCAGGAUACUCCAGGAAUAUUAUUUUUGUAAGAGUAAACCAUUUGCUAAAUAAGCCACCUGUUAAAUAAACACUCCCACUCUCCAAAUAUUGUUAUUUUGUUUUCCAGACUAUGCACAAUCUGGAUUUAUUUUAGAUGAAAAAAGGUAAUCACUAAAGCAGGAAAAGCCCCAAAAAACAGUAUUUUGACUAUUUACAACUAUCCGUCUUGUGUGCACAUCUGCUCCUUUGCAAGCUGGCAGAGCUCUUCCAUUAAAAGAGAUUCACAGUUCCUUAUUCAGCUGGGGGCUAAUGAAUUUCUUUCAUCAGGCCUCGUCACUCUUCCUUUUUCUUUAACUUCUUCAAGCCUUGAAUUGCUCCUCAUUCCCCCGAGUUCCCUUUCUGUAUCUUCUCAUAGGAACAAAUCCCCAUCCAAGAUCACUUUAGCAAAGUUGCCACAGGAGUAAGGACAGAGUUUGUCUCCUGUUCCAUCAUGCUUUAAAAGCCAAGUUCACCCUUAUCCCACCUCAAACCUGUCUGUACAGAAAUAUCCUGCUGCACCACAGCCCCUGGAAACCUUCAAAUUAGUUUGACAGUAUGGAUGGCCACUCAAAAAAAAAGGCCCCAAAAAAGAUGAAUGGAAUGGAAUGGAAUGGAAUGGAAUGGAAUGGAAUGGAAUAGAAUAGAAUAGAAUAGAAUAGAAUAGAAUAGAAUAGAAUAGAAUAGAAUAGAAUAGAAUAGAAUAGAAUAGAAUAUACUGCAGUUGGAAGGGACCCUACAACAAUGAUUUAGCUCAAGUACAGGAUGUUAAAAGCCAACACUGCCCUUAGAGCUGAUCCCUGGCCCCUUCUCUCCAUUGUGAUGAAUAAGCUAGGUCAGACAGAAUCAUGGAAUUGUUUAGGUUGGAAAAGCUCUCUGAGCCCGUCGAGUCCAACUGUUCUCCAACACUGCCAAGGCCCCCACUAACGCAUGUCCCCAAGUGCCACAUUCACACAGCUUUUAAAUCCCUCCAGUUAUGGGGACUCCACCCCCGCCCUGGGAAGCCUGUGCCAGUGCCUGACCACUCUUUCCAUGAAGAAAUUUUCCCUCAUCCAAACUAAACCUCCCCUCACACAGCUUGAGGCCAUUUCCUCUUGUGCUGCCCCUUGUUCCCUGGGAACAAGAGCCCGACCCCCACCUGGCUCCACCCUCCAAGGAGCCACUAGCACCUUCUGAGUAGUGUGUGCAGACAUUUACCAGGGAUUUUAAAUUACUUCAGGGAUUUUCUGUCCUCGUAUCUGACAAUUACAUCUUAUUGUCUCAAAUAAUUACUCAGCUCAGGCAGAGGUUUGGGGAUCCCUGGGGACAUCCUGCUCCUGCUGUACCUGCACAGAAAGCCUGGCUGACGUGGGGAGAGACUGUGCAGGCUCUUAUCCUGUGGGAAUAAUGGCACAUGAGAUCAGCCCCAUGGAAAUCUGACUGAUUGGCAGUAAAAGCUGGGAAGGUGAUCAUCUAAGUGUAUAAAAUGUGGCCAUAAAGACACUCAGGCAUUAUGAGCUCAGGAAAUUGCAGGCACAGAAUGGGCCCGAACUGCUUUUCCCAAUCAGCCCCAUUAUCCAUCCCCUGGUCUCUCUCACAAAGAGCCUUUGUGAGCACAGUUUUUGGGGGCUGUUUUACAUGUUCACAUAUAUUUUCCUGCUCUUUGACACUCACCACCCAGCAGCUUGACUCCAUAACCUGUAGUGGAUAUUUUUCCUGUGCCUUCUGAAUGAGGCAGUGGCAAAAUCCUCCAGGCAAGUCUCACGCUGACCUUAACAAGAACCCUUUCUUCGCCCAGUUUUCACCCAGCUACAGGUUUACCUGGAUCUCUUAAACACUAAACCCCAUCAGCUCAUGAUAUUUUUCCAGUUGUUUUUAUACAUCUUGACUCUAAUGGAGAUUCUGAGCAAAUUUCACAAAGCCUGUGUUACUCAUUUCACCUUAAAUGCAGUUCAUGAAUUAAUGGUGUCUGUUAAUUGGGCUGCUAAUCCCUUUCCCAGAAAAAAAAAAAAACAACAACAAAAAAAAAAAAACUAAAAAAUAUCAUAAUACUUCUCAUUUUUAGGUACCAUGCUGUAAUAAAUGAGAGGCUUUAAUUAGAGCAGAGCAAGCCCAGUAUAUUCACAUACAUAUAUAUAUACAUGUGUAGGAUAAAAGAAGAGAGAGUUGGACCCUUUUAAGACAGACCCUUUCCUCAACUCUCCAUCUCAGCUUUUUCCACAAAGAAAUCCAGGAUUUGUUUCAUUCAAAGGAUAGACUUUAAAUUUCUAUACUCCUGUCAGGGCAGCAUUAAAUAUUAAAGCCAGAUAUUAAAAUUUCAAGGAACCUAAAUUAAACCUGAGGUAUUCAAAAAUAAGUGUCCCUGAAUAUUUCAUGGUAAAGAUUUUGUAAUUAGCUUCAGAAAUCUCUCACAUGAAGAAAGUGAGGAACUACCUAAUAAAAUGUGACCAUCCCAGCGACCUUCCAGAGGGCUGCUCUCCAUCCACUGAAGGAUUUAUAUUUCUUGGGCUCCAUGACAUCUCUAUGGCUUCCCAAGGAAGCCUUGCCAGCCCAUUGUCUUCUCCAGGCUGGAAAACCACCAGAGCAUCCCAAGUUUCCCAUCACUCAUGCAAUAAACAGACUUGUGUGUGGAACCAAAGGGGCCAGAACUCACCAGAGCUGUUCACCAACUUCAGAUUUAAUGAGACAACAAGGAGAUAUUAUUUAUGGUUCCUUUAACUUUGAAUGUCCUGUGAAAGACUCCUGGAUUUACUAAGGAGGAGGAGCAAAACAACCCAAAUCAGGAUAGGGUUUGUAGCCUCUGUAAGUAGGAUUUCCUCCAUUAUUCAGAAGGACAGGCUGACAUCCAAGGAGCAAUUGCCCAUUAGUGUCCUCCAAAGAUCUUCCAGCUGGACCACUCUCAGUUUCCCACCAGCAUCAGAUUGUUUACAGCUAACACUGAUAACAUCUGCUCCUGUCUGCACAGAAAGCUUUGGGAGAGACAUCCAUGCCAGCACAGAGCUGGCCCAAUAUUUCAGUGUCAGCAUGGGAAAGCAGCUAAAAAAUACCCCAACAGAUAAUAUAACAAUUUCAACGAGGGUGUCUGUCUGAGCUUAGGAAAUUAAUGUGUACUAAAAUGGUCUGAGAAGAUGCAAAAAAAUAGUAACCAGCUCUUAGUGCAGCAGCAGCAGCAGCAGUAUUAUGGUCUCUCUUCCUCCCUUCACCCGAGUUCUUGGGGCUGUGAAACAACCCUGUUUAUAAUGCACUUCCUAGAAAUUCAUUAUAUAAGAAUUAGAAUUCGUUACUCUAAAGGCUGUUUAUGUGCAUUUUUGUAAGAGGAAAGUUGCUUUAAACCAAUGCUGUGCCAAAUUUUUACCUCUCUUGGAGAAUUUGGGUUCAGCAAAUAAGGCCAGUGAUGUGCAGCACAGCUUGUACCCAGCCAGAAGGCCCUGGGUGCUGUCCUAGGUAGCCAGCUGACAGUCUGUGUGUAUUAAGGCUGUGGACUAAGCCUGAGCUACUGUUUAAAACUGUGUAAUUAACCAUACAUAAUUAGCAAUACUCUCAGAGAAGCAGGUUCCUGGGAUCACCAGUGCCAUGUGCUGCCUCUGCUCAGCCCACAUCUGCAGAUAAGGGGGAUCCUGCUAUUGAAAGCUCUUAUACCUGUGGAAAUCUAAUAGACAUCAGUGUAAAUAGAAUAUAAAAAGUAAGUCAUUGCCUUCAAUCACUGUGAAGAGGCUUAAAUGCCUUCCCAAAGGGGAAUAUUGGUCUAUGACAAUGGGCAGAAGAUAAAGAGCAGAUUCAAUGGUACAGACUGUAAUUUAAUAUUCACAGUUUGUCUAAUCAAAGUAAACACACCCUUUCAUAGGAACAUGUAAAAGUCAUUGAAUUAUUGUGGAAAAGGGAAAGAAAGUUGUCAACUUAGUCAGUGGUAAGACAAAAUAAUUACCAGCCUUCAGAAGUUACAAAGGAGACUAUUGGGGCUUGAAGCCAUCUCUGGAGGAGAUCAGCUCAAGGGACACCUGGGGACAGGGGACCACCUCUGCCCACCGUGGGGCCACCACUCUAGCAGUACCUUGAGGACAUGAGACAAUUUUAGUGAUUGCUCCAGAACCUUCUCCAAUGCACUUGUUCUCAUAAAAUGUCUUGUAGCUUCCUUAGGAAAACAUGAAAUCAUGGAAUGGAUUGGGUUGGGAGGGACCUUAAAACCCAUCCAGUUCCCCUCCCGCCAUGGGCACGGACACCUUCCACUAGCCCAGGUUGCUCCAAGCCCAGUCCAACCUGGCCUUGGACACUUCCAGGGAUGGGGCAGCCACAGAUUCUCUGGGCAACCUUUCCCAGGGCCUCACCACCCUCCCAGGGAAGGAUUUCUUCCCAAUAUCCCAUCCAACCCUGCCCUCCCUCAGUUAAUGCCAUUAUCAGAAGAUCAAGUAAACCAGGGACCCAGCAGGGGUUUGGUGACUCUUCCAGGUCAUUCCAGUUUGUCCCUAGUGCCAUCAUGGGAGCCUUUGCUCCAGUGCAGUGAUAUUGUGGGAGUGUUACAGAACAGGGAAGGGCCCUGGCAGGGACAGCAGAGCAUGAGAGACAGCAGUGACUCUGAUUUAUAUCUCGGGGGGAAUUAAUUCAUCGUUCAUGCAGGACUUACCACGGCAACAAUAAAUCAGUUUGUCUUAUAAAGGCAGCAGCACUAAAGAAUUCUGGGAUCUUUUGCGAGACUGGAAGAUGCAGCCUCUGUCUCCCUUCCCUCCUCAGCCCUGCUCAGUGUUCACAGUGCUGCCUUUGGAAAGGGUCAAGGGCAGAAAACAGAGCAGAGAAAAACCUUGAAGGCAUCAUGGAAUAGAAUCACAGAGUAUCCUGAGUUGGAAGGAACCCAAAAGGAUCAUCAAAGUCCAACUCCUGGACACCAGGUUUAUGCCACACUGCAACAAGUAACUCAAUAUAAUCCUUUAUUUUCCUAAGAUAGUUUCAAAACAGUGAGUUCAGAGUUUGCAAGCCAUGUUUAUGCCCUUUUUCCUUCAUUCUCAGGUGGUGGGCAGCUGUGGUUUUAUUUUGCACCAAGUUCUUUCUCUAAUAUUCAUCCCCAAUCAUCAACAAAAUAAGUUAAUAGAUGUAGGCGACUGUAAUGACAGUAAAUGCUGUGUGGGAGGCACCAUCCACGCUGCAUUGUCAGUUCCUGCAUGUGAAAUUAAAUACCCUAUUCCAGGUAAAUGCUAAUAUAUUCCAGGAGCAUUUUCCACAAACAGAUUUUUAAAAGGCAGUAGAAUAAAAAGGUGGUAUUAAUGAUAAAUUGAAAUAAUCCAAUGGGUGUGAGGUUAGGAUCCUGGUUUUUUUUCUGGAGGGUCUCUCUCUGUACUGGCAUGAAAUGAUCUGAAUGAAAGAAACAUCCAGGGGCACAUAAUUGCUGCCCAAAAAUGGUACAGUGGCAUCAACCUUCAUGUGUGAACAGGAUGUUCUCUUAUAAAUGAGCUUUGCUGUUGGAGCCAGAGUCAUGUGACACAUUACAGCCUGGCUUCUGCUGAAAAAUUAGGAAAAAGACAAAACAUAAAAUCAUCUCAGAAUACCAGACUGGGUUGGAUUGGAAGGGACCUCAAAGCCCAUCCCUUUCCACCACUGCCAUGGGCACAGACACCUUCCACUAUCCCAGGUUGCUCCAAGCCCUGUCCAACCUGGCCUUGGGCACUUCCAGGGAUGGGGCAGCCACAGCUUCUCUGGGCAACCUGUACCAGGGCACCCUCCUAGGGAACAAUUCCUUCCCAUUAUCCCAUCUAAAUCCCCUCUCCUUCAGCUCAAGGCCAGGGCUGGGCUCCUGCAGUGCAGCGCAGAGUGUUCCCCUUAGGUUUAACAAGCACUGCCUGUCUUUGAGAGAUUGUAACUAUUGAUUAUUCCUCUGCCCUGAUGGACUUUGGAUUUUUCUCUCCUGUUUUACACGGCAGCAAUUGGGAAGCUGAGAAUACAACAGCAUAUUGAGCCCUGAGCAAAAACACCUCAGGUUUUGGUGCAUCUUGCUUAUAUUUUAAUUACUCCACUAAUACAGGGAGGAUUUUGCAAAGCAGUGCCCUGCAUAACACCUUGGUUUGGAGCCAUAUGUUCUUCAUUCCACAAAAUAUCUUUCCUUGGUGAUCCAGAGCACAAGGCUUAGCACAUUAGCAUAUGAUAAGACAAUUUCAAAGAAUAAAUAAGCUCAGCAUUAAGCAGCCAACAUGACAAUAACACCUGAGUGAUGCAGCAGAGAUUAAAGCUAAAAAUAGCUCAGAAAACUAAAAAUACUUGCGGACAAGUAAUGAAAGUGUGGUUUUAAGGUGAUUUAUUAGGAAUUAUGAAGUAGUCCUGGCUUUGUGCUGAGCUGUGAACAGUGAAAUUGGAAUAAACAAAAUAAUCUUGCUGUGUUAAUAACUUCCUCUAAACUCCCCAUAUGUAUCACACUCUUUCUGGUUGCCAAGUGAGGACCAUGACUUAAAGGAGAGAUUCUGUUUAAAAUCUUUAUCUAACUAGAAAGAGAAAUGAGUGAAGGUAGAGACACUGACCCUGCUCAUGGGAAUGGGAAAGAAGGUGCCAGGGGCUGCUCCAGCAGUUAAUUCCACCCCUCCAGGGCAGGACUUGGCUGUUCUGGGUUGGAGAGGGACAAAUGAGGCCGUGGCAUUCCUGGGGGUACCACAGCAGUGUCGUGGAAGGCACCUUUGGAAGGUAUUCUCAGAAUGUUCUACCAGGGAAAAUAGACACUAUUUCCACAACGGGGGGAAUAAAGAGCCAAUUCCACCUUCCCUGUUCAAGCUGAUCCCUGCCUAGUACACCACAGAGAGCCAAGGAGAGCAGUGGCAACCUGGAGCUUCAGCAGCUCUCCAUGAAGCUCACAGGGGGCAAUGGCAGGGCCUGGCUUGUGGGUUUGAAAUAAAAUAGAAUACAGGAAAUUUAAUGAAAUAAUAUAUAAAAUAAAAUAUACAAUUAAAUUAAAUUAAAUUAAAUUAAACAAACAAAACCCCCUCUCUGCCCAAGAUCCAUUUCAAUGUGCUGGUAGAAUUCCACACAUCACAUGGCCAAUGACCAUGUGAUGUUCCAAAGGUGCUCACUCUUCAUUAUAGAAUCACAGAGUCACAGAACAGUUUGGAUUGGGAGGGACCUCAAAGUUCAUCCAGUCCCCCCCUCUGCCAUGGGCAGGGACACUUUCCACUAGACCAGAUUGCUCCAAUCCCCACUCAAUCUUGAACAGCCUUUGCUUCACUUGCUGACCAUGCCACACUCAGUGAUGGUCUUUCCAAUACCUCUUGGUCAGGAAAAUGAAGGAAAUGCCAGUCUCCAACCCUGAGUGUUUCAGGUUGAAUUUGGAAGCAGAGAUCCUGGUUCAGACAUCCUGCCCCCACCCCAAGGCUCCAUGGGGCACAGGCACCGAGAGCCAUGUCACCGGGCUGGCUCUGAAUUGUGUCCCUGUUCCAGAAUUCCCUUUCCUUGCUUUCCCUCUGCUCUGAGCCCAAAACAUUUGAAUCCUCAUCGGCUGGUUUGCCAGUUCCUCUCAGUGUCCUUUGUGCAGCAGCUCCCCCAGGUCCCAGCACUCAGUAACAUGCGGGACUACACACAGCUGCCAAUAAAUACAUUGGCUAUGACAAAGGGCUUCUAUUAGCAGCAGACUUUUAGGGAAGAGAAUAAAACAUACACUAGAAAUCCUGUUAACAGUGUUGGUCAUUACUGCAAGAGGGAAAACAGCUUUCCCAGGGAUUUGAUUUCUCUUUUUCUUCCUAAUGGGCCCCGCUCUCUCCCCAUCACCAGCAGACAAUGUUGAAUAUUAACAUUUACUCAGCAGUUAUCAGGUUUAGAUUUCUUCAUAACACCAGUGAUUCCAACAACGUUGUUGCUCCACUCGUGUAUCAUUUCUUUGAUAAAUAUGGAUAGUGAUCUGGCACCAAAGCUCCCAGUGAUGCUGCAGAAGGACAAGGGAGGGCAUUUUGGUUGAUUCAGUCCUGUGCAGACUCAUGAAAAACUAUGUUAAAGCAUCAUCAAAGAGGGUUUUGCAAAAUAGUUGCUCCUCAAUUUUUUCAACAACAAAAUCCAGUAUUUUUGAGGAUCUCCAGCAUCUCAAGCACAAAAUCACAGAAUCAGAGAAUUGUUAAAGUUGGAAAAGCCCUCCAGGAUCACUGAGUCCAACCUGUGACCGAUCCCCACCUUGUUCACCCAGCUCAGAGCACUGAGUGCCACAUCCAGUCGUUCCUUGGACACCUCCAGAGAUGGGGACUCCACCACCUCCCUGGGCAGCCCGCUCAUUCUGUGAAAAAACAGAUUUAAAUGUGUCACUGCAGCUGCUGCAGCUCCAUUUGCCCUCUGUGAAGCAGAGUCAAACAGCAUCAGAAGGGGACAGGACAAGGACCCGCCCAGACAUUUCCAAUUAAAACUGGAGGAGCAAAUUAUUCAAAAAGAUCUUAGUUAUUGUUACCCGUGCAAAACAAACAGUAGAUGAUGAGUUCUGUGAGAGACAGAGUAAAGCUCAUUUCUAGGACAGGAAAAAUUUAUUAUGAACAUCAACGAACACAAUCAAACUGCUACAACCUACAGCUUAUAUUUUCCUACCAACUGGGUCUAUUAUAGAAUCACAUAAUUCCAGAUUGUUUCGAAUUGGAAGGGACCUUAAAGUCCAUCCAGUCCCACCCCUUGCUAUAGGCAGGAACAACUUCCACUAGCCCAGGUUGCUCCAAGUCCCGUCUAACCUGGCCUUGGACACUACCAGGGAUGGGGCAGCCACAGGUGCUCUGGGCACAUAACAGUGUGUUAUGUUUUUUACUACACCCAGGGAGUGGAGCAUUGUUGCAUCUGUUAAACUUAUUUGCAUGAGGGGUGAGGAUAUGGAGCUGAUAUUCCCGACCUAAUCUCCCUGUCAGCCUCUGAAAGCUUGAAAAGCUUGAGAGAUAAACCCCAAUCUGAGCGAUCACGCAGCAGCUCCCGAUUACACGGCUCAAAACACCCGAUCAAAGCAUGUGUAUGAGCAAAGUCACUGCACUGUUAAUGCCUCCCUUUCAAAAAUUAAUGCACCUGAGCAUGGCACUGACACAGGUCACAGAGGCAGAGCCCAUGUAAGCUCCAGGAGCUCCCACACAGCGCAUCACUGCAAACUGUUUACUUCCAUGGCAAGUGCUAAAUCCUAAGGUAAUGAAUGGAUAUUGAAUGUACAGUGGGCUUGGAGUUCCGUCUCCCCAGUCCCUUCGUUUUGGCAGGUUUGAUCUGGGUGACCUUUCCUCGGCAGGGGUUUGCUGUUUAAUUACAAGCUGGAGGAGCUGGGCUGUGCAAUGGAAUCGCUCCAUAGCCAGCGUUCCAUGUAACAGGGGCUGCCUGCUGGGAGCCAGGCAGGGAUCACCCAGCAGGGCCCUCCUGAAAUCACUCAGUGGAAUUACAGCGCUGAUGGCAAAGCUACUUACGGGCAUACAGGGUCAGGGAGGCAUUAAGAGGCACGAAGGGGAGCCUGGCAAUACCCACCCGCUGGGAACACAAAGCCUCCAUGGCAGGGCUGGUGCUGAAAGCAAACAUUUGUACAGCCCCUCACCCAUGGAAAUCCAAUCAGUGCUGGGGAAUUAGUGCUGGGGUGUAAGGAGGGAUGAGGGGAUGGCUGGGAGGGGUGGGAUGAGCACCUGCCUGGGCAGCACUUCCCUUAUGCUCCAGUGGUCUCACUGCUUCCCUGCUCAGGGCUGUGCAGGUUCUGGGGUCCCCUGUGCCCCCUCUGAUCCCCUGCAGGCAAAUCCCAGAGUGUCCUGGAGUUCCCAUUUGACAGCCCAUAGUGCCAGUCCCUGGCACGCUGACGGAGAGAAGAGUCACUUCCCAGUUAGUGCAGCACAGCCAGUGAGAUUACCAGGUGGAAGUGGCUGAGUAAAUUGAAAGUGUUUAUUAAAAUGAGCUUCAAAAGAGAGAAACAACACAUGGGAAGGACUCAGCAGGAAUCUGACGCCUUGUUUUUUUUCUGGGACCCCAUUCAUAGAAUCAUUAAGAGUAACAGAAUCAUUAAGGUUGGAAAAAGCCUCCAAGAUCAAGUCCAACCAUUCCAUCAUAUUGCCUGGGAAUUCUAAAAUGGGGCUCUUUUUACAUAUGGUUGGUGAAUGAAAACAAAUAUUUUCCAUUCAUUUUAAUCUCUUAAAUGUUAAAAAAAAACCCUUUUGUAGAAGACCAGUAUUCUUUUUCUUGCAGAGUAAAUGACUGAGGUGAAUCCUCAAGUAUAAAAAAAUUUUUUCCAGAAGAAUAUUCUAAAUGGCACCUGCCAAGUUUGAUAUGCGUCAUGUAAGAACUAACAACCCACAAUAAUAAAAUGGUCUUAUUAAAAUAAAUACAAAAUCAGAGAGGUUUAAUGAAACACAGCCAAGUGCCCUCAGUGGUUUAAACAAAGCAAACCCUGCCAGGAUUUGUAACACAAAAAGAGAGGGUUGGCCCAGGGUGUUUGCUUAUGAAUCUCCAUAUUCAUUCAUGGUAAAUAUUGGACUUCCCUUCUUAUUUCAUACAGAAAGUGAGGUGGAACUGUUACAUUAAAAUAUGUGAAAGAAUAAAAAUCAGCCUACAAAUGGAGGAGUUUGACUGGUGUCCAGGGGCACAGUAAAAUAGGCAAGUUAAUACUGAGCAAUUACAAAAUGUUUCCACCAGUUGCCCUUACUGAGACACACCAGUGAUCCAAAUGAAGGAGGGAGGCACGACAUGAAUAUAAACAACUACAGAUAUGCUCAUUUCUAUAAAGAAUAUCCCAUACACGCACCUUACAUGUAAAAGAAAUAAUUUUUAUAUACUUUCGCAAACCUCAGUUUAGUUAAAUAAAUUUAUUCUAAUUUUAUUAAUUAUCAGACUGAAAAAACCUCAACCACAAGAGGAAACUUAACAGCUGACUUAUAAUGAAUUUCCGAACUGUAAACAUUUAGCUGAGGUAUUGGCAAAUGUCCCAAAUAAUGCUGUAUUUUAUUCCAGGACAAAUUAUGUAGCAUUCAGAUGAAAGCAAAGCCAACUCCUGCCCCUGUUUGAGCAUGGGCAGUUUUCUCACAGGUGAAUUGUUUCCUGAAUUCAUAGUAAAUCCAAGAAUAAUCCCAGACUGGUUUGGGUUGGAAGGGACCUUAAAGCCCAUCCAGUUCCACCCCUGCCAUGGGCAGGGACACCUUCCACUAGACCAGGUUGCUCCAAGCCCUGUCCAGCCUGGCCUUGGACACUUCCAGGAAUGGGGCAGCCACAGCUUCUCUGGGCAGCCAACUUGGAAGUGUUUCUGUAGAAUGUGCAAUUCACACAAUUUCAGAGCCAUAAUUUCACUCCAUUCUGGGCAAUACCCAUCCCCCCUUUCUCUGCCAAAAUUCCUGCCUCCAGCCCAGCGUUCAGUACCUCUGUGGAAAGAUCACAUAUUGUAUGUGUUUGUUUUCUGGCUUGUUUAGAGCUGAGAACAGCACAAGCCAAGCGAAUCCAAGGAAAUCAAACCUGUGGCAGUCCCUGGUCACCCUUGCACUGCUGCAGGAAUCUAUUCCUGUGACUGGUGCGACUCCAACUGCAUCAAAUUCCACUUAAACUCCAUCAAUCAGCAGCAGCCAUGCAGGAAGCACGUUCCCAAAGCUCCUUGGGGGUGAUGGAGCAUAGCCAGGCUCCCACCUUGGCUCCAGGGGCAACCAGGACUGGGCAUUCCUCACCUACCCAGCCAAGGCCGAGGGCACAUUCCUUGUGCAAACAUCCUUCUCUUAGCCCGACAAUCCACUGCGUGGUGCUCGCUCCCAGGGGGGAUCUGACCCUCACUGCCAGGAAGGAUCUGAUCCUCACUGCCAGGAAGGAUCUGACCCUCACUACCAGGAAGGAUCUGGUCCCAUGGCAGUGAUGUGGCUCCACAGGGGGAGGUGGGGUGUGCAGAAUCCCUCCUCAAGGGACCCUGAGCCACCGAGAGGACAAAGCCAUUUAACACAGUAAAUGCACAAUGGUUGAGUCACUUUUCCCUAUGUUCCCAUUGCUCCUGUUGAGGAUUGUAUUUGAUUACAGAAUCAGGUUGCAGAUUGUACAUUGUGUUACAAGUAGCAAAGGAUACUUAUUUAUAUAUAUAUAUAUAUUACUGGUUUUUAUUCAUUUCUAAGUAAAUCAGAUGCCAGAAUACGGUGAGGAUUUUAGGUUUUAAAGAGUGGUUUACAGUAACUAAAUUAAACAGAUGCCUUAUUUCUGAGGAUUGCAGGAUAUUUUUGAAAAGAAACAAGCCCCUAUCCCAAGGUCCCUGAAGGAAUCCCAGUAGGAGAUGAGCUGAGGUGGGGAGGGUGUUUCUGUGUAAAGCCAACAUGGCACUGGGACAGGACCAAUCUCUGCAAAAGGAGAAGUUGAUGUCUGAAAGGAGCCUUGAGAUCCCAGGCUUGGGUUGACAUUCCCAAACCCGAGCAUUAGCCCGACCCCUCCUAACCCUCAGGAAGUGGCUGGUGCCUUUUUUGGGGGUCUCAAGCCAAGAAAGACCAUUCCAAGCAGAAUUCUACAGUACAGGGAGUCUCUGCCUCCAUGCCCACACAGAUCAUCCUACUUGCAAUUAAAUAUAAAACCUCUUUAAAACACGUGGAUAUUUUUUUCCAGAGUCACUCAUGGAUAUUUUUUUCCAGAGUCACUCACUGACUUCCCCGUCCCCUCACUGCUGCACAAUAGGCAGGGACAAAACCACUUUUCCAGAACUCAUUCCUUAGGGUAGCAACAGAACUUCUCCCAGGAUUAAAACACAGCAACACUUCCUUUUUCUACAUUUCUUUAAUUAGCUUAACCUGAAGUUGACAAAGUCCCUAAUUCUUCCCAGAUCUCAGCUACAGCCUGUAGGGAUGAGUGUAUUUAUUUCUGCAUCUGUUCCCCAAAUUAACUCAGAAAAUGAUUAUGGUUCUUGGUAGUGCCCGGGGAAGCUCUUCUGGAAUGUUCCAUCCCAGUGAUCUGCCAGGGUCAUUCCUCACACGACUGUUUCCUCUCCUUUUAUGUUCUACUAAUUGCAAGGGGAAUAUAACACCACUGCAGGGUUCAAAUCUGUUCUGCUGGGAGUCCAUGGCAAGACUUCCAUUGACUCCAGUGGAUGCAGAAUUCCAUGAGCUGUUUGUUAUGCUGUCAGACAGAGAAGACCUUGUGGCUCCGGGGACAAACUCCCAAACCACCUGCUGUGAUGUUAUAUUCCCAAAUCCUCUGCUCUGGCAUUGGGAACAUCCUUGGAGGGGGUUUCAUUGCAGAUGUGAACCCAAGGAAGGGUUGGUGUGUCAUCAUAGUUAACACUCACCUCAAAGUACCCUCUGGAACCAGGAUCCAAUACCAACUUUAUCCGAUGUACAGCAUUUUAGGAUGCAUGUAGUAUCUUUAGUAGCCACAGAUCUGCCAUUUGGGGGCCGCAGCCCAGUAGGAUGUCCCCGUGUCCCUCGCUUCGAUGUACUCUUGUAUGGGUUAGAGAAGAUGGCCUCUGUCGUGCGUUGUUCGUGAGCUGUUUCUUAUCCCAGAGAGGUGUACGAUGUAAAAUACGUCAGUGCAAAGUGUAUAUUUUAUGUGAGAGGAAAAUACAUUUUAAUAAAGGUAAAGCUUUGUUUAGCUGUAAAAAAUGGCAACUGUUCAAGUGUACAGUAACUUCUUACUAAUGUAUGAAAAUCUGUGAUAUUUUUGAUUUGAUUGUAUUUGUAUUGCCCAAAUAAAACAUUUUGGCUGUAUUGUUCCUAA